AUGGGGCUUCUCCUAUCUGCAGCUCUACAUACUCGUUCUCUUGCUCGUGCUGUGGACGUUGAGUCUUGCUUAUAUGUGGUUAAAGGCGCGAUUGACGAUGAGGAUGCGUCGGCGCUUCUGGAGGGCGAUUUGGAUGUGGUUCAAGGAGGAAAAGUGGUGGAUAGGUCCCGUCUUGUUGAUGUUGGCGCCAUCGGUGCCGCUCACGCUGAUCAACAACUCGUUUGGAUGGUGGCUGUUGGUGCCGAUGAGCUCUCUCCUGCUUGCGUUGAUGGUAGGCCGGUCAGAGAAAAGCAGGAUCGUCAUCGCUCUCGUGGGUUUCAUUAUCGGAACGAUCACGUUCCUGGGCGUUUGGUAUGGGACUGA